UUCUAAUUUUCAGAUAGAAAUGUUGAAAAGAAAAUAUUUUCAAAAUCAGUGUAGUUUCUAACUUUUAGAAAUUUCUAUGCAUCAUGAAUGUGUAAGGUGAAAGAAUAAAAGAGAAGAUACUCAACACAUUUAAUCAUGGUGGCUGAUUGUGGGGCGACUGUAGCCAAAUAUCUUCUGUGUGUCUUCAACUUUAUAUUUUUUGUUAUUGGUGCGUCUGUACUGUGUGUUGGGGUAUGGCUGGCUGCUGAUAAAAACUCCUUUAUUCAAGUUACAAAGCUCAGCACUGCUUUGUUAGAUGAUGAAACCAAAUUGGUUGUCAAGGAGUUUUCUGAACCUGAUGUUAUAGAGCAGGCCGCUUAUGUUCUUAUUGCUCUUGGAGCAUUCAUCUUUAUCAUCUCAUUCCUAGGCUAUUGUGGAGCUAUCAAGGUAUUCAUUUUUCAUUUAUUUAUUCAUUUUUUUCAUUUCUAG